CUGUGCAGGGCCUGGAGUUGGACUCAAUUAUCCUUGUGGGUCCCUUCCAACUCAGCUUAUUCUGUGAUUCUAUAGUAAUUUAAAUGCAAUCUACAAAUGGUAAUGAAGCAUCUUCAGACCAACUUUUUCAUCUUCAUGUGUAAGGGUGCCAUGAAAAUGUGGUUUGAAUGUUCAUUAUGCAGUGUUAUUGGUAUGUCCAUUUUCACUUUUAGUUUAGUGAAUUCUAACACAACUCUUGGAGUCUCUACUAUUGGCAUGUACUGAAUUUAAAUUUUUAUAACAUAGUUCAAGCUGCCUAAAUAUGUAUUAUUUGAGAAUUGUGAAACAUAGUUAUAUGUAUGCAAGUCAAAGAUCAACUUAAUCAAUUAUUGCUGCAACAGAAUUUUCAUAAUAAUUAUCUUCUUAAAAACACCUGCUGGUACUUGGUGUGGUUAAAUAGGAAAAAUGUUAUUAAAGAAAACAUUUGUAUGGAUUUUUGCCAAUGUUUGACACAUUUUACUAGAUUACUGUUACUGAAUUAUGUUGAUGGUUUUACCAAUAUUUUUUGACACUUAAAACACUUAUUGUAAUGUUUACAAGCAAAAUAGAAAACACAUUCUAAGCAUUGAUUAGUUAACCUUGCAAUUCAGGUAAAGUACUGCAUUGUCGCUGUACACUGGUAUUCUGUGUUGUGUAACAAAUACUGAACCUCAGAUGGUGAUGCAUUUGGCAAAAACUAUUUGGAAAUAUGAAAGUUUAGAAAAGCUUUAAAAAGAACAGAACUGCAGUUCUCAUUUCUGCUUAGUGCUGUUUCCUUGCCCCAGAUUUUUCUAGUGUCACGUAGUCACUUAUGAUUUCAGUACAGGAAUAUAUCUGAUAUUGCACAAGAAUAAGGAAAUAACAAUUCUUUUUUUUUUUUUUUUUUUUGUUUCUGAAUAAAUUUCUUUAAUAUUAAAUUGGCCUAUUAGAAUAUAUUAUGUCAUAAAUAAUUUGGAAAAGACUCAGUAUCCUACUUUAUGGCAUAAACGGUCAACAUUUACGCACUUAGCAAUAUACUGAUACAGAGCAGAACUAUUUACAAUACCAUCUGGUAUUAUGUAACAUUACCAAUAAAAUAUUUUUGUGAAUACAGAUUUUGCAUUUUUGUUUACAACCAAUAAGUGUUUUGAUACAUACAUACAAUUCAUGUAUAGAUUUUAAAUUAUAUAUUCUGGUUCAGUACAAAAGUCCAUUUAGCUCCUUUUAGUGAGAUAGUGCACUUACACUCCUGUGAGCCUUUUCUUUUUCAUUCAAAGUAAAUAUAUUUUUAAGCCCAUGUGAAAGUUGGAUGGACCUUCUUGGUAUUGAAUCCAGCCCCAAAUUAUUACCAACAUAUGAUAUGUCUUCUUAACAGCUUAAAACAAUGGAUUUUUGUAGCCCCUGACAAUUGUGAUGUUUGGUGGUUUCUUGUAGUAAUGUAUUUUUCUGUUUUUAAUGCAGUACUUACAGGCACAAUGGUACUGUUCUAUUUUGUAAGAUGCUAGUUGUGAAAUACAGUUAGUUGCAUAAAAUGAGAGUCUGCUGUGAUAUCUGAGAACAUACAUACCUCAUCCCUUGGUGUUGCUGUUUAAACUUUUUAGACAUCAAAUGUUAAUUAUAGGCUAUUUCAGAUGGAUAACUACUGACCUGUUUAUUAUGUAUUCUGCUUUAUCUUACUAAAUAGGAUGUCUGUUCAUUGCUGUUACCUGGCCAAAUUUAGUAUCUGUAAAACAAUGCUUUUUAAGGUUCUUAAAUGUUUUUGGGGCCGGGCUAAUGUUCAGGAUAACAUACACUAGUUUUUAAAAGAAAAAUACAUGCUUCUCAACUUUAUUUUUUUAUAUUUUAUUUUUAGGUGGGACUAUUUGCAGAAUAUACUGAUGUAAUGGAUUACAAAAGAACUGAAACUGCUUAAAGUAAGCAGUUUAAGGAUAGUAAAUCUCAUUGCAAGAAGUUUUAUGAAAUGCGUUUCUAAUUUAAAAUGUAGUGAAUGCUAACACAUUUCAGAAUUCCUUGCAAAGAAAUAAUAAUCUAUUACCAGUAAUUCACUAAAUGGGAAAUGUAUUUUUAUUUAAGUUUAUGUGAAUAAACCACCCAGCACUGCCAACAAGAGGACUCUAUCUUCAGAAUUAAGUAGCCGUUUGGUUUGAAAGGAAGGAUGGAGUGGAUUUUACUAUGAUUCAACUGUCUCUAGAGAAUAAUCUCAAAAAUGUAGUACAAGUAUGGUUAUCAAAAGGAAUGCAAAAAGUCUCACUGUUCUUUAUGGAACAAGACACUGAAGAGCAAUUUCUACUACAGGUGCAACAGAAGUCAGGAUCUAAAAAGCUGAGGUGGUUUUAAUUGAACUAUUAGCUUGCCAGAGUUUCAUUGCAAUGAUGCCUGUUUUAGCAUUAAGCAAAGUUAGGUUUUUACCUGUUGGUGAUUAAAGGGAUAUGACAAUACUGACAGCAGAGUAGACAAAUUCUAAGCAAAAUACUGCAUUUGAAUCUGUUCGUAAUAUAAUUUAAGUGAACUUCACUUUCAUAAUUUCUAAAUAAUUUUGACUUGUAGUAAUCCUAAGUCCUUUUUUCUAACUGUAAAUAUAUUUAAAAGCAUCUUUACUCCAUUUAUAAAAAGUGAAAAUUUAAUGUUGUAAUGUGUUCUGAUUAGCUAAGUUUCUCUGUGAUUGCUCUCUGCAUAAGAACUGUUAUUUGUUAAAUCUAUAUAUGCAACAGCCAUACAUCCUGGGAUGUUAAUGAAAUGGUGGCCCAACAAAGACAAGUGUGAUAGUGUUCCAUGUAAAUGAGUUCCUUUAUGUGCUGAUUGAUUGUCUGGUUUCAGAAAGGAAAAGGGGGGAGAAAUGGGGGAAAAUUAAAUAUAAAUAGUUCAUUGAUAAAGGGUACAGUAAUUCAGUCUCUUAUCUUCCUAACUUUGCCAUUAAUUAUAGGUGGUAUAAGAAAAAGAACAAUAUACAGUUGAGACUGAUUUCUUUUUUUCAUUAAUUUAAAUCUACAUAUUAGAGAUAAACAAAAAUUCUUCUCAGUAGCAGGUUGAAUUAUGCCAUAUAAAAUCUUGAUUCCAACAGAGGAGGUAGUAAUAAAUAAAUUACAUUUAAAAAUUUAAAAUUCUUGAUAUGAAGAGUCUUGAUAUUAAGAAUAUGACUGAAGUCUUAACCUAUUAUGUGUUUAUCUAGAUAUUUGGUGUUUUGGGGCAUAGAUUGUAAAAUCUCAAAAAUGGUUUGAUUUUAUAAUUUGUGCACUUUACUUUUUUUUGAUAUUAUGAAUAGCACAUUUUCAAGUAGCCAUGCAAGACAGAGUACUUUCUAGAAUUUGUUUCUAUUGGUUCACUGUAGUGUUUAGGCAGUUCUUCUAAACUUCACAUCUUGCAACUUAGAUUCUUUACUUUUUUCUCUCCUGUCUCAAAAGCCUGACAGUUUCCUACAUUUUGCUGAUUGAUUUUACUUUGUUAUACAAGAUUGAUUUGGCAUGGAACUGUGUUGUGUACUUUUUGUCCAGGGUUCUUUAACUGUAUCUGUUUGGGGUUUUCUUUCUCUAACAUGCCUUUAUUUGGCUCUUCUCCCUACUAGGGAGUCUGGGUGUACUUCGUUCAAAAUCAGAAACUGUAGGGAAAUAGAAAGGCAUUUACAUUUAAUUUCUCCAAAGGCAACAGCAAGUGCUAUACUUGUAAAUUUAGCCUGUGCCUGCUCAGGAAUAAGAUGGGUAAGAUAAAAAUUUAAUGCUGAUUUUGGCUGGUGGACCAGUCAGUCAAAUAUGGCAUUUUGCAAAUGCAUACUUCUAUCUCAAUGUUAAGAUUUGGGUGUGCUGGAAAUACAGUUUGAGUUUUCAGAGGUUUUCCUAACCUGAAAUUAUGCCCCAACUUAUGUCAGAGCAGUCUCAGUUUGGAAGGUUGUAACUUCAAAGUAGCAAAAACUGUACAGUAAAAUCAUUUAAACUGUAGAAGCUCGGAUGAUUUUCUUUUGUGCUCUUAAAGUUUUAAACAGAGGAGAAACUGUUAAAAGAGACUUAGAAGACUUGUCUAAGACAACAAUCAUAUAUUGACUUUAGUUUGAUAUCUAAAGAACCCAUGUUUUAACAAGAAUUAACGGGGUUUAACCACUAUAUUAAAUUUGGAAAGGUACUUCACAAGUUAAUUACAAAUCAGUACUCUAUAGAAAUUAUUAUAACUUCCUGCCUAGAAUGGAGUAAAUGGUACAACAGCAAUGGAAAACUGCAUGCUUGCUGGAAAAUGCUAUUAUCCAAUAGCAAGUGAUGUUUACAUGACCUUCCUAAGACAUUGUGCCAAAAGAUUGUGAUGUCUGUUAAUGAGGCCUAGGAGUCCAGGUGUGUUCCCCCUACCUAAACUGUACCAUUGGAUUCAAACAGUGAAAGAAAAUGCAGUGAAAAAAAAAAAUCAGUUUCAGAUUGUAGAGUCGUAGUAAUGCAGGAGCUGAUUACAACCUCUAUUUAACUGUGUUGAUGAAAAUUAAUAAAAACAAACCACCACUGAAUCACUCUGAUGUAUUCAAUCCUAAUCUUGCUCCUUUUAUUAUGGGAGACAGAUAAAAGUCAUCAGAAUGAACUUGCUCUGUCUUCUGAUGGCAGAUUUUAGGAGCAGACAGUUUAAUGGGCACAGGAAGUUUUAGGUGUACUUUUAAGAAGUUAAACAUGGAAGAUGAAGGGCAAAAGCAUAUUCCAUGGCUCCUAAUGAUUAUUAAUAAGAAUGAUCACAAGGGAUUGCUGUCCUUUUUGGGGUUUUGUAAAAGACAAAAUUGUAACCUUAUCUAAUCACUUCUUGUCCCAUAUGUUUAAAAAGAAAAUUACCACCAGAAAAAAUACUGUUCAGUAACAAUAUUCUAAAAAGUAGUUCCAAAAUGUUAAUUGUUUUGUAGAAAGUACGGCAUAUCUUGACAGAGGGAGGAAUAUUUGAGCAGGACUAUGUUUUCAGGAUCUAGGCCACCUGGAAAAGUGUAGUCUUUAAUUACAUAGUUUUCUGUCAUGGUUUAACCCCAGCUGGCAAGUAAGUACCACACUGCCCUUUGCACAUUCUCCCUCUGUGCAGUGGGUGAGAGAAUUUGAAGAGUGAGAGUUGUGGGUUGGGAUAAAGACAGUUUAACAGGUAAAGCAAAAGUUGCACAUGCAAGCAAAGCAAAACAUUCACCACUUCCCCUGGGCAGGCAGUUGUUCAGCCAUCCCCAGGAGAGCAGAGCUCCAUCACAGGUAGUGGUGACUGGGGCGGAAAAACAGCACUACUCCAAACAUUGCACUCUUCCUUCUUGUUCCCUCAGCUCUAUAUGCUGAGCAUGACACCACAUGGUCUGAGAUAUUCCUGUGGUCAGUUGGGGUCAGCUGUCCCAGCUGUGUCUCCUCCCAGCUCCUUGUGCACCCCCAGCCUGCUCACUGCUGGGGUGGGGUGAGAAGCAGAAAAGGCGUUGACUUUGGGUAAGCUCAGCUCAGCAACAGCUGAAAUAUCCCUGUAGUACCAGCAUGUUUCCAGCACAAAUCCAAAAUGCAAGCCCAUGCAAGCUACUGUGAAGAAAAUUAACGAUCCCAGCCAAAACCAGCACAUCUGUGUAUAAAUAUUGAUCUUGGUCAAAGCAAAGUGAAUGUGCUUCCUCAAGCUUCUAAGAUAUGUAGCUGUAGACCAAUGGACCUUUAAUUUACAAUGGAGUUACUGAGAAGAUAGCUGAGGAAAAGAGCCUAUUAAUGUAUUUUUUGAUAACCUGCAACCCGCAUGCAUGUAAUUUUCCUCUUCUGUGUGAAGAAGCAAAAGGAUGCAGAAAAAGGAAAUAAGCGUAACCCAGGCUAAUGAAAUGUGGCUCUUUACCCUCUUACCAAGAUCACUAGAGUCUGCAAACUGCACAUUCUGUUUGGUUCAAAGAUAGUCCCAGUGAUUUGUCACUAAAGAAGGAUGGAGUUGUUAAAUCACUUUGCAUCUGUUAAGACAAGUGAGGGGUCAGGCCAAUUCUACUUUCUGAAUACCCACUUGGGGAACACAGAGAUCUAAUCGGCUGUUUGUAGGCAUCUAAUAUAUAACUGCCAUCCAUGAAUAAUCUAUUUCAAACUGAUCCUUCUUUGCACAGAAUAAAUAAAAGUGCUUCAGUGUCAAGCCCAGUUCCUGAUGGCACAGGUCUCUGAGCAGGAAAAUCUGGCAUCUGACUGAUCAUCUUUUACUGUAACAGCCUUCAGCUAUGAAUUAAUCUAGGCAAGGGAAAUCUUCAGGUUUUAUGUAUUAUCGUUACUCCCACCUCUGAAGGAAACACGUUCUAAUUCCUGAUUCCUUCUACUUUUUUUUUUUGUUUCUCUUAAGUACAUCUUGAGGAUGCAGUGAGUUUAAAGUAAUUUAUUAUGCUUGCUUUUGUAAGUGAGGAAUUUGACUGCUGUUCCCAGUUCUUCAAUUAUAUUUUGGUAAGAUCAACAUGGUCUUUCAGAAUAAUGGUAUGGGGAGCUUAGAGGUCAAUAUCAAUUUUGUUUCUAUAUAAUUGACUACCUGAACAGAUUCUUGCUGAGCAAACUCAGUUACACUGAUCCUGUACCAUUCAAACGCUCUGAGGUACCUGGCAUUCUGGGAUGCCAAUUAUCUGCAUUUCUGCAAGUGGUCUUACUCUAUGCAGGGAGGCUUCCAUAUGUCGCAAAAUAAGCAAAAUUCUUUCCAACUGAUGGAGGCAGAAUGUUGCCAAGUAAAAUGCUCUUAGUCCCUGCUGGAGCUGGAGAUCUCAGGAGCAUGCACAGAUACUGAGUUCUUUCUUAGCUUUCCUACAGAAAUUCUGAGUAGGCAGCUUCUGUUUCUAAAAUGUGAAACACCUUCAAAAACCCCCAGUCCAACAAAAAGACAGAGGAUAAGGAGGGGGGAAGGAAGAACAAAGAAAAUGUCUUUCCAGAAUAAUCCCUAGAAGAGCCAUAUAAUGGCUUCUUUGUCUUUUUUUGUCUGUUUAGUGUUCCUUUCUCUGUGUACUGUAGUGGAAGUAGGCAACAUCACACUUCUUAGAGGUGUGUCUUGCUUUAUAAUUCUUGAUACCUGUUGGUUCAGUGACCUUUGGCCUAAUUGUGAAUUGAGUAGUAAAUACCAUGAACAUUUCACUCUUGGAUACAGGUUAUUUAUUGAAAGGGCAGAAGUUUUGAUGAAAGAGUUAGGAACAAAAUUAAUUCCUCUCAUACAAUUAGCCACUACACAAUUUUAAAGGGUCUAAUUCCUGGACUGCUAAGAAAAGGAUAGCUUUUUGUUGCAAGUGUAAUAAGAACACAGACUAGAAUGGAUGUGGUUUCUGAAGAGUUUUGUGGCCAGUAAUUCAUAUGGCUGUUUUCAGUGAUUAUUCCACACCUUAACUUGUUAAUCUUGAAGGGUUGUUAGAGCAUCCUCACAAACAAAUCAAAACUACCAACAGUACUGUCAGAUGCUCUUAAAAUUUACUAAGUGCCUUACACAGAGCAUCACUGAGGCAAUGAUUCAAUUGCAAGGAAGUUUGAUAAAAGAUUUGCUCCUCUGGAUUAAGUCACAGGUUAUCAGUUGUAACCAAGGUGAUGUUCCUGGUUAUACACAUUAGAAUCUUACAUUUUAUUGCUGAUACAAGUACCUAACAAAAAAUAGUCCAGAAAUUUUUGAGGCUUUCAAUUUGUAAAACAUCCAUUCUUUGGAGGAGAUUUUUUCUUCUAGUCAGCUGUGAUGGUCUACUGGAAUAUCACAGAAGUGAAUAAAACUUGUGAGUAUUUCUGGAUGCUUUCACAUUUCUCAGUUUCUCAAUCAAUGACAGUAUUAUCUUUCUUGGGAAGGGGUACCUAAGUUGGUUUUGUUCAUAGGGUUUAUGUUUAUCCAACUAGUUUUUUAAGGGUUUUAUUAUUAGAAAAAGGGCUUGUUAUUUUGAAAAUAAAAAUCUUACCUGCCAGGUGUCUUCCCCAAAAUGAGUAAGUGCCUUUUCUGUUCUGACUCUUAGAAGUAUUUACUUUGUCAGAUUCAAUCUGAAUGUCCUGGAUAAACCAACUAUUAAGUACUGAGAGCUACCAAUGGCUUGAAAUCCUUUCACUGAAACAACAAAAGACAGAUUGUAAGCCACUUGAAUUAUUUUGAGACCUGAUGUUAUCAGAAGUUUUAUAACUGCUAUGAGUAGUAUACUUCUAAGAACAAUGUAACUUUUCAGGAACUUGAUAUUGAUAGGAAAUAAAUAUUUAUUAAAAGAAGUAUAUUAAAUAAAUAUUUAUUUACCAAUUUGAGUAAGAGAAAAUGUUACACCAUGGGGGCAACAGUCUUGCUGUUAGCAGUCCUGACUACUUAACAGAAAGUAAAACUGAGGCCCUGGACUCUAACUAUAAAAAAAAGGGUGGUAUUUGGUGAGAGAUUGGGACUGUAAAUCUUAUGUCCAUGUUCUAAUAAAGUAAUUUUUCCUACCUAAGUCUUUACCAAUUCUCAAAGCAGAAAAGAAAGCAUGAGCAGAUAUCAGUAAGAGGCCCUCUGGUUUAAUUGGUGCUGCUUCCUAUCUCUAGAGGAUUUUUUUUAAAAAUUUUUUUUUUAAACUUUGCUCAGGACUGGUACAGCUGAAAGUAUAUUUUCCCUUCAUUCUUAAGCCUAGACUUUGAAUGGAGUUUCUCUGAGACACUUUUGUAGUGAAAUCGUAUUCCCUACAAACAUUGAAGACAAAAAUAAACAUCUCUGUGAAUGAAAGAUUUUGUGUGGUUGUAAUUUUUUAAUAUAUGCAAAUUUCAUUUAAAAAAAGUCUAAAGGUACUCUAGGAAAACCAUAGUGUAUUGAUCUAUUUAAAAGGUCUCUGUGUAGCAGUCAGAAAGUACAACUUGCAUCAUGAGAUGCUACAAAUUUUCUGUCUGAUAAACUAUGUUCAAUUCCAGUUAAGCACUCCUUUAAAUAUUAAAGAUGGCAAUACUUUGCAUUUAGCCUAGUGUAUAGUAACCCAUUGGGAUACUGCCUCCAACUGACCUCUUCCUGACCUCAGUUCAAAGACUAUAUUGAACAAUUUAAAAUUCUGAAAGCUUGGCAGGAAAGCUGGGGGGAAGUAUCUGGAAAGAAAGAAACAGUAGGAAUCACAGUGCAAAGACUAUUUUUUUUCCAUGAUAAAUGCUACACAGUUAAUGAUAAUGAAAUUGUUUAAAAAUUUAUGCCCCUAUAGUUAUUUCACAUCGAUGACAUAUUGUUGGUUUCAGAGGAGCAUAAAUAGAUGGUUUUGAUGCCUAGAAUAGUGACACACAUUGAAAUGCCUUUCCCAGGAAUAAAUAAAUACUUCUUGCCUGUGAGCAAUCUGACAAGAAAGUAUUUUUGGUGAAAACAAAUGUAAGUGCACUACAAUCUUGAUUGGCAGUGGUGAUGCUUAGGGUGUCUUAUGAUAAAAUGGUAAAUAAAAUUAUUAAAUUGUUCAGAACCUCUCUCUGAAUGUAUUUGUACUGUCUAGGAGAAAGUGCAAGAAAUACAAGUGGGCAAUUUGGGGAUAAACAGCAGACAGUGGGAAUUUGAUCGCAAAGUGCCAAGAGGACUCUGCUAAUUUACUGCAGAGAUGAUUCAUUACUGCUUUUGGUUAUGAUGGAAGUUGAGAUAUUCCUGGGAGUACUGCUUCUGAAGCAAGAAACUAUGAAAGCAUCUGUGCUUGCAAAUUAAAGUAACAAAGGAGGUAAGAAACUUGAGAAGGGGGCUUUGUCUAAGGCUUCAUGUCAUUGUAUAUAAAAACUGUUCUUUGCUACUGAAGCAGGUUAUAAAACAGUGGUCUAUGUGAGUUCUCUCAAUUUGUCUUCAAUUCUACAGUUCCCAUGUUCAGUUGUCUGAAUUGUUUGUUGUUUGUGUUGCUUUGCAGCAUGAGGCAGGGGUCCUGCAAGGCGUUCUUGAAAGAAGCUGAUUCUCUUGUAAAGACUGUCGGAGUUUCCCAUUUGUGUAGCAGGUGUAAGAAUUUGUCUGUAUCUUUCUGGAAUUCCUAUUGGAUGCUGCCCUCUGAUGUUUGUGGAAUGAACUGCUUUUGGGAAGCUGCUUUUAGAUAUGAUUAUAUGAAAACACAUCCUUCUGAGAAAAUGCAUCUAGCAGUGGUGGCCUGUGGUGAAAGACUGGAGGAGACUGUUACUAUGUUGAGAUCAGCCAUUAUUUUCAGCAUCAAACCUCUCCAUUUUCAUAUUUUUGCUGAGGACCAAUUGCAUGAGAGUUUCAAAGACAUACUUGAUGAAUUCCCAUAUGAAGGAAAAGUUAAUUACACGUUAUAUCCAAUAACAUUUCCAUCUGAGAGUGCAGCAGAAUGGAAGAAAUUGUUUAAACCAUGUGCUUCACAAAGGCUAUUUUUGCCAUUAAUCCUCAAAAAUGUGGAUUCACUACUGUAUGUUGAUACUGACAUCCUGUUUUUGAGGCCUGUUGAUGAUAUUUGGUCUUUUCUGGGAAAGUUCAACUCCACACAAAUUGCUGCAAUGGCACCGGAACAUGAAGAACCUCGUAUUGGGUGGUAUAAUCGUUUUGCUAGACAUCCCUAUUAUGGAGUAACUGGAAUUAAUUCUGGAGUCAUGCUAAUGAAUAUGACACGUAUCAGAAGAAAAUAUUUCAAGAAUGACAUGACACCAGUCCGGUUACAAUGGGGAGAAAUUCUUAUGCCAUUACUGAAGAAAUACAAGUUGAACAUAACAUGGGGUGAUCAGGAUCUAUUGAACAUUAUGUUUUUUCACAAUCCAGAAAGUCUUUAUGUCUUUCCUUGCCAAUGGAAUUACCGGCCUGACCACUGCAUCUAUGGAAGCAAUUGUAGGACAGCUGAAGAGGAAGGUAUAUUUAUUCUUCAUGGAAACAGAGGUGUUUACCACGAUGAUAAACAGCCGACUUUUAGGGCUGUCUAUGAAGCAAUAAAAAAUUAUUCAUUUGGAGAUGACCUGGUUCAUUCGCUUUUGCAGCCCCUAGAACGGGAAUUACAGAAAACCACGCAUACAUAUUGUGGAAGAGUAUACAGAGUAUUCAUAAAGCAGCUAACAAAAAGCAUAAGAGACUUGUAUGCCAGAAGAUCAAAGGGAAGGUGAUUUCUGACUCCCAGUUGAAGGAGAUUGAAUUAACGGAACUGGUCAAAAGGUGCAAGAAUUCUAUUACAGCUUGAAUGGGCUCUUAGUGUGCCCAGAAAAAAGUUUACUAGCAUACAUAAAAAUGAAGAAAAUAUUCAUGUAAUGAAGAACAGGAACUUUUUUCUGUAAAGGUGACUUUUUGGUCUUUAGAAGUUUAAUCAGUGCUAAUGUUUAUCUCGCAUCUGAUGAUUUGGGUGUUUCUGGCUUCUAUGGCCAGUAGUUUUAGUCUGCAUAAUUCAGUUAUCUAAUGAUAAAUGAACAAGGAAGAAAUGAAGAUGGCUCUGUUUGGGAGUGUACCUCAUAUAUUGUCUAAAAUUCUCUUAAACUGUGAAUGUAGCAAUAACUGAGUCAGCAGCACUAACCUCACUUUAAAGGUGUGAGCCUUUAUGUAAACAAAGUUGUUUACAAGUGCAGAAAAUACUCUCUUGUCAAAGAAAUGUGUUGUAAUCAUUGACAAUCUGUAUGUGCCUUUAUAUGUUCAUCUCUUACAUGUUGAAGUACUGUUUUGACAAUCGUGUUUUGUUUAUCUCAGAUGUAAACUGCACACUAUACGAUUUUCUGAGAAAUUAAUAACUAGUAUGUGAUACUAGUUUUCUCUGUUAGUAAAUACAGAGACUUUAUGUUAAAAAUUAUUUGUUUCAACAUUGUAGAGCCAUUAGUAUCAAAAGGUAGAGCAGAACUGAGGGGUUUUUAAGUAAAAAUCCAGUUUGAAAUUGCUUGUCUCACAAUACUUUUUAAAAAUGUCAUGGUUUUGCAGCUUUAUAGGACAUUUUGGAAGUAGAAAAAAAGCCCAGUGGUGGAAAGCUGUUGCUGUUGUAUUUCCAUACUAGGAAUUAUUACUUGAUUAUUGUUAUAGAGUAUGUAGUACCUAAAAGUGAAGAGCUGUAGUAAGAGUUCUGAUGCCUCAUCAGACUGUGUAGUAGAUGGGUUUCUUAGAGAAUAUAUCCUGUUAUAUUUUUUUUAAUAAAUGGCUUUAAAAUAGUUUUGGGGCAGAUCCUCAACUACAUUAGUGCAUUACUGUCAAUAGUGAUAGUGAUUUGCAACAGGUAAGGAUUAGGUUUUCUCCAAUUAUGUUAGUGACAAAAGAAAAACUUCUGUUUAAGUAAUACAAACUUUUUCUCCAGAGGAAAACAUGAAGAAAAGGGCUGAAUUCUAGUGUUACAGUAAAAUAUUUAAACUUGCAUGGUAUGAAAUGUAUUUGUAAAGUAUAUUUGAACUUGGAUAACCUGAGAUGAAGUCUUCGUAAAGUGAGCUUUUGGAUUCCAGGAAAGUUCCUGUGUGUUGAACAUGGAGGAUCCACUCACUGACUUGCACCUUCGUCCCAACCCCAUUUUAGAAGCUUGAUUUUUGUGCCUGUUUCCUUGUCAGAGAUACACUGGCUCUGACUUCCAGAUCCAUGUGAGCUGGAUAAAUGGUUUAGCAGUACAAAAACACACUCCACUGUCAGCAGUGUUUGUAUCCUGCUUCUAAUUUCCCUGCGGGCUCAGGGUAUACAUUCUUGGGAUGGAGUCUAGGAAGCAGUCUGCCUCUCAUGUAGGUCUCUUUUCCUUGCUGUGUAACCUUUUGAAGCCUGAAAAUGUAGAAAUCUGUGUGAAGGUGAAUACUGUAACUGACUGAUUUUACAAUAUGCAGUGCAUUAUUUUUUUACAUAAAUACUGAUUUUUAUAUCAA